AUGGCGUCGACCGGAUAUCCUGCGUUCCCCUCAACAGAGGAGACGCUCAAACACCCAGCGUAUCCAGCUACCAUAUGGGCGCUGGAACCUCACCAGAAGGGGAAGCUCCCUGUGGCAAAGGACCGCGGUGGUCCUGUGAAUAUCGCGUGGGAGGUCCAUGGCGACGGACCGAUCAAGCUUGUGCUUAUCAUGGGUCUGGUUGGCGCUCUGACCUCGUGGCAGCGCCAGACAAAGUACUUUGGCCAUGACCGCGGCGACAGGUACUCGGUCCUGCUCAUCGACAACCGUGGCAUAGGCGGCAGCGACAAGCCCCUCAGCCGCUACUCGACGAGCGAGAUGGCCCUGGACGUCAUCGAGGUCCUCGAACACAUCGGCUGGACAUCUGAACGUCAGCUCAACGUAGCCGGCAUCUCCAUGGGCGGCAUGAUCGCCCAAGAGAUGGCCAUGCGCAUCCCCAAGCGCCUCCAGUCUCUCUCACUGCUCUGCACGUCUGCGGGGCUGACCCAGGGCGCAAAGGGUUUGUUUGAAACCCUGUCUGAACGCGUGGGCUUCAUCAUCCCCAAGUCGAUGGAGCGCAACAUCUCCGACACGGGUCUGCAGCUCUUCACGCCCGAGUGGCUCGCCGCCCCGGACUCCGAGACCCUCCCGGAGCCGGGCGUCACUCCCCGGUGCGGGCCUCCUCCCCCGGAGGUCGGCCCGGUGUAUCGCCUCUUCGACUCCAACUUUCAGCGCUUCCAGGCGCAGGAGCUCACGAAGCGGCUGGACCCGGACACCUUCACCACGGGGGGUCUCAUGUGCCAGCUCACAGCGGCGGGCCUGCACCGCAAGUCGGACGAGCAGCUGCGCCAGAUUGCCGACACUGUCGGGCGGGAGCGCAUCCUCGUCAUGCACGGCACGCGCGACAACAUGAUCAAGUUGCAUAACGGUGAGAGGCUCAUCCAGGUGAUGAGGCCCGGUGUUGGGCUCAUCGAGGACGGCAUGGGUCAUGCCCCCCCGAUGGAGCGGGCGCAGUGGUUCAACAGCGUGUUGGAGGAGCGGCUGGGCAUGUGGACCAAGAUUGUAGAUGAGUGA